AUGGACGGAGGACGUUGCAUUGGUGUGCUAGGUGGCGGACAGCUUGGUCGCAUGCUGUCGGAGGCGGCAUCGCGCCUGAAUGUGCCAAUACGAUUCCUCGAUGUGGGCGAGCACAGCCCAGCUAAGCAGCUGGUGAGUGUGCCGGCGUCCAUGCCAGGUCCACAGCAUGUAGAUGGGAGCUUUGUUGAUAAGGCAAAGAUUCGCGAGCUCGCCAAGCAAGUGGACAUACUGACUGUGGAAAUUGAACAUGUGGAUGCGGACCAGCUGCAAGCUGUGCUGGAUGAAGGCCUUGUCCAAGCUGUGCAUCCGGCGCCAUCGACUGUGCGGCUCAUCCAAGACAAAUACCUGCAGAAGAAGCAUCUGAUGCAGCACAAUAUCCCGGUUGUUGAGUCAGUUGCCAUCGAUGCCGGCAGCGACAUGAUCGCCAAUGUGCAGCAGGUAGCGCAGCAAUUUGGCCUGCCCCUCAUGCUCAAGUCUCGCACAGAGGCAUAUGAUGGACGAGGCAACUUUGUCCUUACAAGUAUCGACCAGGUGCAUACCGCGAUCGAUGCUUUGGGUGGCGGAUCGCGCCCCUUGUAUGCGGAGAAGUGGGCACCGUUCGAGAAGGAGAUUGCCGUGAUGGUGGUACGCAGUUCGACAGGGACCGUCUCCUCGUAUACGGCGGUAGAGACAGUGCAUGAGCACAGCGUGUGCCACAGGGUGUACGCGCCGCUGCGUACUUCGAAACCUGAGCUGUCGGAGCGCGCACAGCGAAUUGCAGAGAAGGCGGUCGCCACGUUCGAAGGUGCGGGUAUUUUUGGCGUUGAGCUUUUCCUGCUUCGUGAUGGCACGAUUCUGCUGAAUGAAAUUGCGCCGCGACCUCAUAACAGCGGACACUAUACCAUCGACGCAUGCGAAACGAGUCAGUUUGAAAACCAUCUACGAGCGAUUCUUGGUUUGCCCCUCGGCAGUACGGCACUCAAGGUGCCUGCUGCUGCGAUGCUCAACAUAUUGGGUCUUGCUGAUGUGCGGAACGAUAGUGAAGCUGUGGCCAAGACCUUGGCGCCUGCGGUGCGCAGUCUAUCGGUACCCGGCACUACGGUGCACCUGUAUGGCAAGAGUGGAUGUCGUCCUGGCCGCAAGAUGGGCCAUAUCAAUGUGGUGGGCCUUAGCGAUGAACAAGUGCACGAACGAAUGUCUCUUUUGCUUGACGAGCUAUCGCGAGCGAAAGAAGCUGUGAAGCAGCAGCAGCCGUGGGACUUUGCCAGUGCGAAGCAGCGUGCAGCGAUGCCUGUGCCAGGAAAGCCCCAGGCACCGCAAGACUUCUCGCAUCCUCAGCCGCUGGUCGGCAUCAUCAUGGGCUCUGACUCUGAUCUGAGCGUGAUGAUGUCGGCAGCACAGAUACUGAAGGACUUUGAGGUGCCAUUCGAACUUACCAUUGUAAGCGCACACCGCACGCCUGACCGCAUGCGCGAGUAUGCUCGAAGUGCUCGUUCUCGGGGCCUUCGAGUGAUCAUUGCCGGUGCAGGUGGUGCGGCGCAUUUGCCCGGCAUGGUGGCAGCGCAAACAUGUCUACCAGUGAUUGGUGUGCCGGUGAAGGGGCGCACGCUCGAUGGGGUUGACUCGCUGCAUAGUAUUGUGCAGAUGCCACGAGGCGUGCCGGUAGCCACUGUCGCGAUCAACAACAGUGUGAAUGCCGCGUUACUAGCCAUUCGGAUCUUGGGAACGAACAUUCCGUUGUAUGCGGACAAAAUGGAGCGGUACAUGUACGAUAUGGAAAUGGGUGUGAUGGAGAAGGUCGAGCGCCUCGCUGACCAGGGCUGGCAGUACGGCCAACCUCAUACUGUCGCUUGA